UCAUUUUCUUCCAACUUGAUUCGUUUUAAACCCUUCCUUCACUUUGCUUCUUCUCCUUCCUUCAAUCUAUCUAUCUAUCUAUCAAUCACCAUGUCUAUCACUUCCACAACUACACCCCUCUUCAAAUCCCUUCUUACCAUAUCAGCCGAAUCAUCAACUCGCCUCUUCUCUUCCCCCUCCUCCCUCGUCUACCCCAAAACCAAACCUACCUUCUUCAAACUUCAUUUCUCCCUCAAAACUAAUCGCUCUCUCCCUCAUCCCUUAUUCGUCGCUCAAGAAGGCGAAACCCUAACAACUUCACCAGAGGAAGCCGCACUUCUCGAUGGUGAUGAUGAAGAAGAUUCUUCUGAAGGAGAUUUCGUUGAACCACCCGAAGAUGCUAAAUUGUUUGUUGGAAAUUUGCCUUAUACUGUUGGUAGUGAGAAAUUAGCCAUGCUUUUUGGACAGGCUGGUACCGUCGAGAUUGCUGAGGUUAUUUAUAAUAGGGAUACUGACCAGAGUCGUGGAUUUGGAUUUGUAACCAUGAGUACUGUUGAAGAAGCUGAGUCUGCUGUCCAGAAGUUUAACCGCUAUGAUUAUGAUGGAAGAUCGUUGACUGUUAACGUAGCUUCUCCAAGAGGAUCUCGGCCUGAGCGUAUUGAGCGUCAACCUCGUACUUUUGAACCUGUCAUAAGAGUUUAUGUUAGUAACUUGGCAUGGGAAGUUGAUGAUGCUAAGCUUGAACAAAUUUUCAGUGAACAUGGUAAGGUUGUCAGUGCUCGAGUAAUCUAUGAUAGGGAGACUGGUAGAUCACGUGGCUUUGGCUUUGUCACAAUGUCUGAUGAAACGGAAAUGAAUGAUGCCAUCGCUGCUCUUGAUGGUCAGAGUUUGGAUGGCAGGACAAUAAGAGUGAGUGUUGCUCAAGUCAGGCCCAGGCGUAACUCUUUUUGAGCAGCACAUCAAGUAAUCGCCUGUCAACAUUGCUAGAGUUAUUUCUCUGUUUUAAUAGCUGAGGAUAUAGUGUCAAUUCUAAUAUAGUUUUCUUCUCAGGCAGCCAAUUCCAUGCUAGAUUACUGUUAUUUAUUUGUCCAGAUUGAAAGUAAGUUUUGUUUCAUUUUCUGUUGACUAUUGCUAGCUACAAUUUAUCUGUUGACUAUUUGCUACAAUUUAUGAAAAGAGAAAAACUGGCAAGGGCAAGGGGGCAUUUCCUCUUGCUACUGUUGUAGAAGUCUAUAAAACCCUACCAGUAGAUUUUCUUUCA